UUGGUGGGGGGGGGGGAGUUGCCUUCGCGGAUGUGUCCCUGCGCUCACAAGAAGGAGGUGUGGGUCUCUUGUCUCCAGUGUGUGCAUCUAUUCGGAGGACAGGAACGAUAGGCUGCCUUUCGGAUGCGAACGUGCAAUCAUGUCACGAGCGCCGGACUGCAAUGAGGACAUCUGAAUAAUCCAUACAGGCGAUAAGCGGACUCUACAGGAAUAAAGCAAUGGGUGGCCAGAUAACGCGAAAUGCCUUUUACGACUCCCUCGGUGGCCCGUUCCCGUCCACGUCACACAGAUGCCACCACAAACCCAAGAGGUGCCUGCCCAUCCAGUGUGGCAGCGUUGGCGGGCCCCUUCCCAUCAGCCCACUUCUGUUCCAUCCAAACGCCAAGGGAUCCCAAAUCGUCAUGGACCUCGCCCAGAAGACAGUCAAGAGGCAGGCCAGUUUCUGCAACGCCAUCACCUUCAGCAACAGGCCCAUAGCGCUCUAUGAGCAAGUCCGCCUCAAGAUUACUAAAAAGCAGUGUUGCUGGAGCGGGGCUCUGCGCCUGGGCUACACCGCCAAAGACCCCUCCAGGAUAAACCCAGACAACCUGCCCAAGUAUGCCUGCCCUGACCUGGUGUCCCAGAGUGGCUUCUGGGCCAAGGCCCUGCCUGAGGAGUUUGCCAAUGAGGGCAACGUUAUCGCCUUUUGGGUUGACAAGAAGGGCAGAGUUUUCUACCGCAUUAAUGAGUCCAGUCCCAUGCUGUUCUUCAGCGGAGUCCGCACAGCUGAGCCCCUCUGGGCGCUCAUUGAUGUUUACGGUCUGACCCGCGGAGUGCAGCUGCUAGACAGCGAGAUUGUUCCUCCUGACUGCCUGCGCCCACGCUCCUUCACCACAGUGCGCUCCUCCUCUCUCCGGCGUGAAGCUGACGACUCCCGUCUGUCCGUCAGCCUGUGUGACCUCAACCUGCAGCAGGAGGACGGACGUAACGUCCACAAUCACUCCCACCGCCACACCCUUCACCUGGCGUCAGCCUCCUCAUCCUCCACCUGCCCCAUACCCCAGAACUCCAUCAACUCCCAGCAGUCCUCCCUGCUGCCAUCCGCUCUGGAGAGCGACCUCCACUUCCACCAGCUGCGUGGCGCCCACAUCAAGACGCUGGACGAGCAGACAGUGGCAAGAUCUGAGCAUGCACGAGAGGAACGCACUCUGGUCUUUACCAACCGGCCCCUGCGCACUGGAGAGACUGUCUUCAUCAAAGUCACCAAGUCCAGCCCAGCACGCUCGGGCUCAUUGUCCUACGGUGUGACGUCCUGUGACCCAGCGGUGCUGCGCCCCAGUGACCUACCCUACAACCCAGAGGCUCUGGUGGACAGAAAGGAGUUUUGGGCGGUGUGUCGGGUGCCGACGCCUCUUCAGAGCAGCGACAUCCUGGGCUUCUUGGUCAACCAGGAAGGAGAGGUCAUCCUCAGUCACAACGGCACUAAUGUGGGGAUGCAGGUGUGUGUGGACAACUCCCGCCCACUCUGGAUGUUCUUUGGUCUCCAUGGGGCUGUGACUCAACUGAGGAUUCUGGGUUCCACUCAUCUCGGGGAUCCACGGGCCACGUCGAACCCCAGCUCGCCCUCCUCCUCUCCGCACACCCCGAGCGCCUUGGGCAGUGGCAGCUCUGAUCCAGUGCUUAACGGAGGCCUGUGCUCCGCUGCUUACUGCAGCUCAGCAGGGGGAACAACUCCAAAUUCACCUGUCAGCCUCCCCAAGUCACCUACGUUUCCAGCAGGCCGUGGGCCUUGGUCCGACGAGUGCUCCAUCUGCUAUGAGAACACGGUGGACACAGUCAUCUACGCCUGUGGACACAUGUGUCUGUGCUACACCUGCGGCCUCAAGCUCAAGAAGAUGUCCAACGCUUGCUGUCCCAUCUGCAGAAGGCAGAUCAAAGACAUUAUCAAAACCUACCGGAGCACGUAAGGGGACGAUGGCUGACGAACGUACGGCCUCCCUAAGAGCAGCAAAAUCCCAGAGUCAGGGGAAGAAAUGUCUAAGUUCAGGGAAUAUGAACUCUGGUACUUUAAUUUGGUAUUUUCAUACGGUUAUUGUUGGUUGGUUCACUCGCCUGACCUUUAUUCAAAGUCGGUACCGCCUUGCUGGGAAGGUCUCUUGUCUCAGCCUCCACAUGUGAUCGGAGGUUCCACUGAGAACUUUACUCUUGCCAGAGAUGUUUGCUCUCUCCUGGAAGACUUUGAAGGAAAAACUGAAACAAUUCCAAAAUUCUUCUUUUGUUCAGCCAUGUAAGAUUUAGGGACUGUCACCCAUUUGCAUCUAAGCAAAUGAGUCACCUUGGGGCUGAAUGUCUCGAUAAUAGUUCUCUUAGAGGAUGACUGAAGCUCUGAAAUAUGCUGUCAACCUGAUGCGUAUUUCUGACUUAAACUCUGACAGGUAAUCAUCUCAGUAUGUCACAACUUGUGUCUGUGUGUUACUGAGCAUUGGAAGAGAAGUCAGUCUGGCAUCGUAAUGAAGUGAUGGAUUUCUGUAAUUGUCGUGGUGAUUAUCAGUGUGUGAUGUGCUUAGAGAUGCAAGGCGGUGCUGGGUAAGUAGGAUUGUAACACCUCUUGUACUCGUAUAAUCUAAUGUACCUUUAUGGUAGUUCUAUUGCAAAUGUCGGUGGUAGCUAUAUUGUUGUGCUAGCUAGCUGCUUGCUCUGCAAUGUGGUAUGUUGCACUGAAAUCAGCAUUGUCCUCUUAGAAACGCCCCGUUGUAGACAGAGAGGAUAAAGACACUUAUCGGUUCAAAUCAAAUCAUACAACCCUGCGUCCAGCAGACUGAGCAGCUCCGAAUCUAUGAAAGGAAACAGGAAGUGAAAGAAACAUUUGAAUUCUCCUCAGGGCCAGCAGUCUUUUUUAAGAAGAUGUGAAGUAUUUUCCCAAACUUUACCUAUAACCAUGCCUAAUACACUGUGAGCGCUCAUGACGAAUUGACAGGACCUCUAAAAUAGAUCCCAUCAGUGGUGUAGUGGUAGCUGAUGAGAUGGUAUACAGCAAGGCAGAGGGGUAGGUUACCAAGAAGGAAGUGGGUAUACUCUCCUGAUUAUUCCAAUGACUUUUUGACUGAUGGGUGGGAAAAAGAGGUGAGUAUACCCCUUAUACCUGCAUAUACCCUCCACUACACCACUAACUCCCAUACCAACACAUAAAGUCAAAGGAUUGUUGCCACCACAGAUACAACACAGCCUCCUGCCUUAAACCAGAAAAGGUUCAUUUAUAACACACGGAUGUAUCAUAUUGUGUUUCCUGCCGUUUUCCAAAACCCUCGACACGCUACCAAAUAAUGCUGUUGCGUGGCACAAACUGUCACAAAAUGUUUACUCAGAGGAGAAAAAGCACACAAAUUUAAAAUUAUUUUUGUAACGCAAAUCAAUGACAUUUCGGAUAUUUAACUGAAAUGUUUAAUAACCUUUGUGACAGGCCUUUCACCAGCAGCAAAAAUCCUUUACAGAAACCAGUUCAGGGUAGGGAUGCACCGAUUGUUAAAUUUUGAGCCAAUAACUGGACCGAUAUUUAAAAUAAAAAUUUGGCCAAUAGCCUAUGCCAAUGUUUUUUAGUUCAUUCAUUCAUUCAUUCGUAA